AUGGCCGACGAAGUGGCGGACGUACCCGAGGCGAGCCUGCGCAACCUGGUGGCGCAGAAGUCGCUGCAGUGGAUCUUCGUGGGCGGCAAGGGCGGCGUGGGCAAGACCACCACGUCCUGCUGCCUGGCCAUCCAGCUGGCGGCGCAGCGCGAGAAGGUCCUCAUCGUGUCCACGGACCCCGCGCACAACCUCAGUGACGCGUUCGGCCAGAAGUUCACGCGCGAGCCGACGCCCGUCAACGGCUUCACCAACCUCGCGGUCAUGGAGAUUGACCCCAAUGUCGACCUGGAGGAGAUGAAUGCCGAUGGCGUGCAGGACAACUCGGGCAUGGCCUCGUUCAUGAAGGACCUGACCAACUCAAUCCCCGGCAUCGACGAGGCCAUGAGCUUCGCGGAGCUCAUGAAGCAGGUGCAGAACAUGGACUACUCGGUCAUCGUGUUCGACACGGCCCCCACGGGCCACACGCUGCGCCUGCUGAGCUUCCCCACGGCGCUGGACAAGGCCUUCGACAAGAUCCUGUCGCUCAAGAACCAGUUUUCGGGCAUGUUCUCGCAGGUGUCGGCGCUGCUGGGCGGCGCGCUGCCCUCGCAGGAGAUGCUGCUGGGCAAGCUGGAGCAGACGCGCGAGGUCAUCCAGAAGGUGAACGCGCAGUUUAAGGACCCGGAGCGCACCACGUUCGUGUGCGUGUGCAUCCCCGAGUUCCUGUCGCUUUACGAGACGGAGCGCCUUGUGCAGGAGCUCACCAAGUACGAGAUCGACGUGCACAAUGUGGUCGUGAACCAGGUGCUGUACCCGGAGGAGGGAUCAACGUGCAAGAGCUGCGGUGCCCGCCAAAAGAUGCAGCAGAAGUACAUCGACCAGAUCUACGACCUGUACGAGGACUUCCACGUCGUGGAAAUGCCGCUGCUGACCGAGGAGGUGCGCGGCGUGCCGUCGCUUAAGGCCUUCUCCGAGAACCUGCUGGCACCGUAUGAGCCCAACCAGUAA